AAAUGCUUAUUUUGAGGCGCUCUCCCACUGGAAUAAGUUGGGCAUAACAUUAUCUUUGCUGUUGGCACUUUCUAAAUUUAGUAAUUUUAUUAAUUUUGAAUGAGAAGUUUCUAAAAUGGUUAGCACUGGAGACGUUUAUAUUGUAUCCGCUGCGCGUACAGCGAUUGGAAGCUUCAAUGGAUCACUUUCUAAAUUGAAAGCAUCGGAACUGGGUAGUGUAGUUAUUAAAGAAGUGCUAAAGAGAGCUAAUGUUAACAGUAGUGAUGUGGACGAAGUCGUCAUUGGGCAAAGUCUUACCGCUGGGCAGGGUCAAAAUCCUUCACGACAGGCAGCCCUACAAGCAGGACUUCCUAUAAAUGUCCCUGUUUAUAAUAUUAAUAUGCUUUGUGGUUCCGGAUUAAAAACUGUUGCCUUAGGUUUCCAAUCUAUACGAUGUGGCGAUUCUAAARUUUCUAUUUGUGGAGGCCAAGAGAGUAUGUCUUUGGCACCACACGUCAUCCAUUUACGAAAUGGUAUCAAAAUUGGUCCUGGAACAAUGUUGGAUACAAUGACUCACGAUGGCCUCACCGAUGCUAUGCAUAACAUACAUAUGGGUGUCACUGCAGAAAACCUGGUAAAGCAAUACAAUAUCACUCGUGAAGAACAAGAUGAGUUUGCGGUUCACUCACAAAACCUGGCUGAGAACGCGCAAAAAAAUGGCUUCUUCGAAAAGGAAAUUGUCCCAGUCGAAUUGAAAACGCGUGCGGGUACUCAAAUUUUCGAAAAGGAUGAGUACAUUAAAGGGAGCACAACAAUUGAAGCUCUCAAAACACUGAAACCAUGUUUUAUUGAGAAUGGAACUGUAACAGCUGGAAACGCUUCAGGUAUUAAUGACGCUGCUGCAGCGGUGUUGUUAAUGUCAGGGGAAGAGGUGACAAAGAGAUCCAUUAAGCCAUUGGCGAAAAUUGUGGCUUGGGCACAGACUGGUAUAGAUCCUAAAAUCAUGGGAAUUGGACCCGUGACUGCUGUUGAAGCAGUUUUACAAAAGGCUGGUUGGACAAAGGAAGAAGUGGAUUUGUUUGAAUUAAAUGAAGCAUUCGCAGGUCAAUCUAUUGCAGUAUUAAAGGAGCUAAAAAUCAACGCCGAUAAGGUGAAUGUUAAUGGAGGUGCCAUUGCAUUAGGUCACCCUAUCGGUGCAUCGGGAUGCAGAAUUCUAGUUACAUUGUUAUAUGCGCUUGAAAGGUUGAAUGUCAGAAAGGGUGUCGCAUCAUUAUGUAUUGGAGGCGGGAUGGGUAUCGCCAUGGCCAUUGAACGUGUUUAAAACGAGAAUAAUUAUUAUUUAUAUUGAUAUGAUAAUAUGAUAAUGAGACAUAUGUAAAUGUAAAUUAUUUGUUAUAACGAAAGUCAAGUGUUAUUUAGAACUAGAAAUGCAAAUAUACGUAUGUAUAUAUGAAGCUUUCAUAACUAUUUUAGAAUUCA